AUGGAUGAACGUGACGAGGUCGAAUGGCCCGAACAACAACCUCAAUAUAGACAAUUAUUUGCGAAGAAGAAUAAGAGCGACAUAAAACAAGAAAAAAAGAUGUCAAAAACUGAAAGUCGGUUCAAAUCUAAGCUUGAAUCUUUAAAAAAAUUUCAACAUUCAGCAUCAACUAAUGGUGCAGUUGAAAAAGCAAGAGCAUUUUUUCGCUCUUUAGAACUUACACAUAUUGGCGGCAGUGGCAGUAGUAGCAGUGAUCAUUCGUCAUCAUUUCACCGACGUACUACUACUACUACUACUACUACAACGAAUAGCAAUAAUAAUAAUAAUAAUAAUAAUAAUAACAAUGAUAAUAAUAAUAUUCAUUUACUUACUUCUUCGAUACUUCCUCUACCUUCUUCAAUGUCUUCAUCAAGUUCAUCGUCAAUUAUUGACGAUAGUCAUCAUACAAUAUCAUCAACAACCAAUGAUUCAUCAUUUAAAUUAAAAAAUCCUCCAAAUGAUAUUGCAAAAGCAAGAGUUAUUCGUGUUAUAAAUCCAAAUUAUAUAAAUCCAAAAGAUAUGAUUGUACAUCGAGUUCUGCAUAAUGAACAAGAUCAUCAUCAAUUCACAUCUUCUUAUUGCUAUGCUCCACAAAUAUUAUCACAAAAAAAGAUUCCAUCACCUAAAGAAUAUAAUGAACGGAGUCAAAGCUUUUCAAUUCGAUAUGAUAAACAUCGAGAUAUGCAAACAAAAUACGAUACAUAUCAAUUCUCGCCUGUAUCUGCUCCCAAUGGUAACAUAAAAUAUUCAACAAAUGUUUAUUCAAAUUUUCCAUCAUCUGUUCAUACGAAUAUAAAUAAUAAUGGAAACAUUUCUAUUAAUCAAAUGUCGACUUCUUUAUACAAUUACCGACCAUUGGUUUGUCGUCAAUUGGAAUCUGCGUCAUUGAUGUCAUCAUCAUUUCAUGAGCAAUCACAAAGUUCUCUAGAUCCUUUAAUUCGACCAUUAUCAUCAUCGGCAUCAUCAUCAUCAAUGUCAACUUGGACUCAAAGUGUUCGUCGUCUCAAUACAGAAUAUGCAUCAACAAUAAGUGCUCUUCAACAAGCGAAAGAUUCUUUAAAACAAAUUUAUCCAAGUCCACCAGAUACAAUUUCACAAUACGCUAAUAUAGUAGCACGUGGUAUAAAUGAUCUUUCAAAUAAUGAAAUAAAAAAAUCAUCAGGUAUUACCGUUUGUCUAACAGCACCAAUAAUAUCUCAGGAUUCUCAUUCGUUAUCAUCACAAAUACCAAAAGCUUCCAUUCCACAAGGAAAAGCUUCGCCGUCGACGAUGUUUUGUAAACCGAAAUUAGUUCGACCCGUAGAAUUAGGUACAUUUGUUCCAUCAACAUCUCAAAUACCAAAAUUAGAAUCUAUUUCAACUGUUAGUAAAAUAAAUGAAAAAGCAGAUUCUAUUGCUAAUAUUAUUAAAAAAUUCAAUAAUCUCAAUAGUUCAUCACCAUUAUCAAAAUGUUUAACUGUUAAAGAUAAUAUUAAUGAUUCAUUAUCAUCUGAAAUAAAAAAUGAACACCGAGAAAGUUUACCUAAAAGUAUCUUAUGUGAGUCAACUCAAUAUAAAAAGGAACAAUCAAAUAUUUCUUUAUUACCAUCGACAACUGAUAUGCAUCCUACAAUAUCUCCUCGUGUGCAAUUUGAACCUUCGAUAACUACAUACGAACUAGAUGAUAUUCCUUAUGAAUCUCCAGCAUCCCCUUUAGGAUUAUCAUCAUCAUCAUCAGUAUCACAAGAUUCAACUAGUAGUACAUCAACAUCUUCAAAUGAUGAAAAUCAAGUGUAUGAAAAUCAAGUGUAUGAAAAUCUUUCAUCAGAUAAUCAUCUUCGAGAAGAAACAACAUAUACGGUUGAAACAUUUUAUAAAUCUGCAAACGGUUUGCCAUCGAAUAAUCAACAAGUUGUUAUUAUUCGAGAAAAUGCAACUGAAGAACAAUUUAAUUUAGCAAAAGAUAAACAAUGUCAAGAUACAAGUGUAAAUCAUCAAACUCCAUCACAACAUAGAUAUUCAACUAAUGAAAAUAAAAUUUCACCAUUAACUACACCAAUGUGUACAAAUCUUAACCAGACAAUUAAACAGACGACACCAACACCAUUCAUCAUUGAAAACCAAGAUAAAACACACGAAAAUUACCAUUCCGCUGAACCAUUAUCACAUAUAACUAACAGUUUUAUCUCCGACAGUUAUCUUCAUAAAGACAAUCUAACAAUUGAUGAUGUUGUCACUAUCAAUCCUCAUACGCAUUCUCCAACAUCAUAUUGUUUAAUCAGUAGUUCAUCAUCAUCUUCAAGUAGUACUGCAACUACAUCAUCAUCUUCAUCUUCGUCGUCGUCGUCGUCAUCAUCAUCAUCAUCAUCAUCAUCAUCCAGCAAUACAGCAUCAUCAGCUUCUACUGUUCUUCUAAGUAGUAGCAGAGUUACUAUAAUUCCAACUCCUUUAAUUGUAACAAAAACGCCAAUUAGCACAAAUAUUAAUCUUACAAAAAACACUAAUAAAUCUAUUUCACAACUUCCCAAACGAACAACAACAGUAACAACAUCGACAUCAACAGUCUCGAACGGCUCUCGCUUAAAACAGCCAUCAAAAGUUGUUACAUAUACAAGCAAAUUAAAGCCACCUUCUUCAACUAUCACAAAACCAAUGAAAUCAAUGAUUGCCAAUAGUACACCUGCAGUUACAACAACAAUGACCACAUUAACUAUGCGAAAAUCGACAGGAACACCGAAUCAAUCAUCUCCGAUGACCAACAAUAUUUUCAGUAAAACGACUCCAGAACAGCCAUCAUCAUCAUCAUCAUCACCAUUAUCAUCAAUAUCAAGUACUGGAAAGAAACAACAAUUAGUCAACGGAACUAAUAUGACUGAGUCACAAAAUCCUACAGAUUCGUCACUUUCGAUGGGAAAAAAUCGUGUUCGUUCAAUGGUCAAUCAAUUUAAUGCUGCAGUCUCAUCAUCUCGUCCAACUAUUCCAUCUACAAUACCUAUUAAGCGUACAUCAAUCCCUACAGUAUCAGUUACUGCUCGUCGAGCAGUACCAACCGAAUCAACUACGAGUUCAGCAGUAUCAACUAACAAGCCUACGAUAACAUCGACAGUUCGGCCACCGCUUCAACGCGCACUGACAAUUAAUAAUAGUCCAAUAACACCAUCACCACCAUCAACACCCCCGACAAUGAAUAAUACUAUUUCAUCGACCUACAAACGAAAAACUCCACUUGUUCGCUCAACAUCAAAUGUAAAAGAAGGUCUUCUUCGCUGGUGUCAAGCACAAGUUAUUGGUUAUCCAAACGUAUCGGUCACAAAUCUUUCAUCAUCAUGGGCAGAUGGACUUGCUUUUUGUGCUCUAACACAUCAUUUUUUUCCUGACGCAUUUGAUUUCAAUAGCUUGUCGUCUGCUAAUCGUAAGGAAAAUUUUGAGCUUGCUUUUAGUAUUGCCGAAGAACGUGCCGGUGCGCCACAAUUACUUGAUGUGUCGGAUAUGCUUAUUAUGGGUAACAAACCUGAUGACAAAUGUAUAUUUACCUAUCUCAAUUCAUUUUUGGCUAAAGUCAAAGAUAUUCAUCCGACCACGAAUUGCGUUGAACGUCAUUGA